CUUCGCAGGCUGAAGCAGACUGUUGCUGCGGAAAUGGGGUGGGUUGUGUUUGAGAACUUUAUUCCUGCGAUCGAUUAAGGUUUCAACAUUCAAACAUGGCUUGCGACUGUAAUUAUGCAUGGAUGGGAGAAGGGAGGACAGUAUCCCACCCGCCAACACUUCGAAAACCCCAUGGCAACGAUAAUUCUGUUUGUAAACAACUCGGCUGGAAUUGCUGUACAGCGACUGCGUGCUUGCUUUUCGUUGCCAUUGCUCCAUCGGAAUACCACCUUCAAUGGAGUUCUUUUGCUCCAAUUUUGAGUGUGGGUGACGAUUAACAUCAGUUUGCGAGAUGACAUCAAGUGAAUAAGAAGAUAGCACGAGACCAUUUUAAAAUGGCUGACUACCGCUUGGACUGGGUAAAAGAAAGAGCGUUGGCUUUCCUUGAUGAAGAGGAUGAGGAGUUAUUUGAUGACAUGCUUGCUCGAAAUGAUGGAGAACUGGAAGAUCGUUUGCUGUCUUACCUUGACGAUGACAUCAUGGGAGCUCACGAUAUUGGCAGAAAGUUAUUCUUUGUGUACAAGACUUAUUAUGAAAAAAUUGUGAAGGAAGAAAUUGUGGUGGCAGAAGAGGUUGCUCCUCCAACACCUCCACCUCCUGAGCCUGAACCAGAACCUAUCAUAAAGAAAGGGAAAGGCAAGGGCAAGGGUGUGAAGGGAGUGAAAGGGGCUAAAGGGGCCAAGAAAGUCAAAAAGGGGAAGAAAGACCGAGAUGACUCCCCUCCUCCUGUCCCUGCUGAACCAGAAACAGAGCUCCAGGUUGAAAUAAGUGAAGGAGAUGGGGCAGGAGACAGCCCUAUAGACGAACAGUUGCCUGGAAGUAGCCCAGUAGAGACUGUUGAAGCAGUUACUGAAGAGGGAGAAGAUGGGGAACCUCUGCCAGAAGAACCCACAUCAGAGGGCAAAGAUACACCAGAAGUAGGCGAAGACAGGUCUGAGUCUCCAGAGGCCCAAACUGGGUCCGAGGCUGGAACUGCUCAGUCUUCGCCUUCUCCUGAUGAAGGGGCUGAGGAAGAGGAGAGAGAAAGUCCUUUUGAUGAUGACAUUCAGCAGGACUCAGCAGCAGAGGAAGAUGUUGGCUAUAUGUCCUCAGAGGAACAAGGCCCGUCCCCAGAGCUCGAAGAUCCAGGUGGUGGAGGGGAAGGAGACGCAGCACGAGAAGACCUGGAAGCUCCGGAGACCCCAACCAAGAAAAAGGGAAAAAAAGGAAAGAAAGGGAAGAAAGAGAAGAAAACUAAAAAGGGGAGGAAAAGUCCCACAACUGCGGUAGAGAUGGUUCCUGCGGUGGAGGAGAUUCCAGAACCUCAGUACAUUUUUGUUUCUAAAACCAUUGAGCGAGUCAUUCAUGCUCCUCAGCUGUAUGGGCAUUUGGGUAUGUUAGAUGAAGCUGAAAGAUCUGCUCCAGGACGCCAGUAUGUGUACUUUCUUAGAAUAUCUGAGGAAGGGAUUCCUCUGCCAGAAGGUCCGGGUGAUGCUGCUGCCGAUAUGCCCAGGCAUUUUAUAGUUGGCUGUUGCUCAUCUAAUUUUAUCAGUUCAAUGGCAAAACUUUUGAAACAGGCCUACAUACCAUUAGUACAAAAGCAAUUUCGAGAGCCAACUUCUUCCUCUGAAGGUGAACAUGAUACAUCAUCAGUAGUGAGCAGUGCUAUAUUUAAACGCCCUUCAGAUUAUCGACGUAUGUGCCUUAACAUACUCAUGACUGAAAAGAACGCGAAAAAACCAAAACCAGUCCCUAAGCAAGAGAUUGGCUCACUUUCAGAUGCAACAAUUCAGUCUGCUCAAGAAGUUUUGGAAGCAGCUCAGAUCGCGGAAGAGCAGCAAAUGUCAGCAGUUUCUUCAUCUCUGAAUGCUGCUAUAUCAGCAGCAUCUAUUGGCCCAAGUGGGGAUGGGCCUGGGAAGCACCUUGAUGAAAGUAAUGUUGAAGAUGGAAAUAUGCCUACAAAACAAGAAUUAUUGAGUGAUAUAAAUUCCUUUAUAUCAUCUGUUGAUUGGACGAUUGAACAUCUUGAGGGAGAUAUGAUGCUCCGUGUUCCUGAUAUCCCCAGUUUGUUCAUUCAAGGAGCUACUCCUGAAACUCUUGCAGCAGAUCCUAGCUUAGUCACUGAGCUAGAGGGGAUUGUUACCUCAUGGGAAAGACAUAUAGAUAGCGUCAUUGAUCAAUUUUUAGCAAAGAAACCGGUUGGAGAAGGUCCUCUAGCUGAAUAUGAGUACUGGCAAGAGCGAGAUGCUGGACUUAGUUUACUUGUGGAACAGUUCAAAGCCCCCACAGUUCUUUUGGUACUAGAUGUUCUUGCUGCUGCAUCUUCCAACAUAGGACAGUAUUUUGAAAAUUUUAAAUCUGAAUUUAUGGUUCAUUAUGAACAAGCAAGAUAUAAUGUAAAGUUUUUGUCUACUGUUGUUCGGCAUUUUAAGACUGUUGAAAAUUGCCAAGAUCUUGGUGUAGUGAGAGAUUCUUUACCUGCUCUUAUUGAUGGACUUCAUAUCCUGUGGGUGGUCUCAAGAUUUUAUUGCAAUGAGGAACAGAUGGUUCCCCUUUUGCUUCGAAUAUCAAGCACACUCUGCAACAAGGCAUCAUCAGCCCUUCAAGUUAAAACUCUAUUUAAACGUCCUCUGAUUCAAAUUUUGCAACAAACUAAAGAAGCUCAAGAAAUGUUACAGAUGUGGCGUAGCUGUUACAUGGAAACCCGUGCUCGCAUUGAGUCUUCUGGCAAAGGCCAACGCUGGGAAUUUGAUAAGAACAAGCUGUUUGCAAACAGUGAUUACAUUGCGAAAGUUUGUGGAGAUUUGCAUCAAGUUUCCAAAAUUAUUCAAGAGUUUAGAAACAUCUUUGGCCAGGAGCUUAAAUCUAUAAUAAGUGAUCCAGCUCAAAUUGAUGCUGUUGUGAAAAGAGUCGAAGCCUUAGUGGUUCCCAUUGAAAGUGCAGAUUUUGAUAUCUACUCCAGGGGCUACGCGGAGAAUUGGGACGCCCUCAUGGGCUCAUUUAAGCAGCAUGUACGGAGACUUGAAGAAGAGGCAAAGUUUUUCAUUGAUGAAUCUUUUAAAGCACUCAGAUCAUCAACUGAGGCUUUGGAAAUGUUAUUGAAGUUCAAGCAUAUGGAGACAAGAGAAGCUAUUCAAGAGCAGCUUAUGACUAAGUUUGAUUUGAUCAUGCAACAAUUUAGCAAAGAAGUUUCAAAUAUUGAACACAUCUUCACAAAAGGAAAACGCCAUCCUCCUUUGCUGCGCAAUCAGCCUCCCAUCGCAGGAGCUAUCUUUUGGGAGAGAUUGUUGUUUCAAACUCUUAAGCGUCCAGUUCUUGUCUUCCAAAAUGUGGAAGAUUUAAAGCAAUGUGACUUGAUGAAGGAGGCUUUUUCCGACUACCUGCAAUUAGGGAAACAGAUGCAGCAGUUUGAACUGAAUCAUAUCAACUCUUGGAUUGCCAAAGCUCAAGAGGAUAUUAGGCAGGCUAUGACUCGAAAUGUGAUGCGCUUAGAAGAGAGUGUCCAUGCUUGCUUCAGAAAGAGCAACAAGUUCUCAUCUCGUAAUGGUCGUAGACACAAUAUGGGUAUGCAGAGAUCUGCACCACGCAUAAUACGCAUGGGAUCCCAACAAACUUUUACAUCCAGUCAGUCAUCAGUAACACGGAUUGGCCACUCAAAUGCUAUCACAACUCGACAUAGUAUGAUGUCUUUCAGUCAAGGGGCUUCUCAGGCAUUUGGUCUAGGAUCUGUGGCUAUUGGAUUGAAAUGGGCAGCAAGAGGACGCUCAAAGACGGGAAGCAAUCAAAAAAUGCUAUUUCCUGGACCCUCAUAUUCUUUCACUUGGGAAGAUUUUAUAGGAGACACUGUCCUUGUAGAAAACAAUUUGAGGAUGGAGGUUAAUUUUGAUUCAGAGUUACUAAACAUAAUAGCUGAAGCUGAGCUCCUGGAAAUACUUGGGUACGAUUUACCAGUUCCUAUAAUUAUGGUGGCCCAUCAGAAAGACAGAUUCCAUGCAGAUUAUCAGGCCAUUUCAAAACUUGUAGCAGAUUAUAACAACUUGGUUGAUCGUCUGGAUAUUCCACAACUUUUGUUCGUGAAGUCUCAUUUGAAAGAAGUUGAAAAGCAAAUGCAACCAGGACUUUGCAGAAUCAAUUGGACCUCACAAGGAGUAAGAGAUUUUGCUGUGGGCUGUCAGCAAGUUCUGAGAAAUCUCGUAUCCCUGGUCAGUCAAAUGGAAGCAGUGUCUGUGGAGGUCUCUCAUCGACUUACUCAGCUGGAGCAGCACAAUCUUUUCUAUGCUAGACCUCCGGAUAGCAACUCAGAGGUCUUGGCUUGCAAAUUAUUUUUUGCAGAGAUGGAUAUUAAACGAUCUGAAAGUGUUCGCCAAAUGAUGAGUCUUUAUGGCGACCUGGGACCAGUGCUAAUGAAAUUAGAAGGUUUGGUCUUACAGACUAGUAGUGGUCGUGCUCCUGUCAUGGCACACUCAUAUCAGUCCUGGGAAAGCCGAACAUUUUCAACAUUUGUUAAAUUUGUUCUCCGCAAUUUAAUUGAUUUUGAUCGCUUCCUCGUGGGCAACACUGCAUACUUUCAAGUAGAAACCCUCUUGAUUGUUCCAGAUGUGUCAAUGAGGCCCACGACUGUAGAAGUAUAUAAUAUUGUUAUUCACAGUAUUAAGGACUUUCUUGAACGAUUAAAGUCAUUUCCCAGAUGGAUGCAUGGAACUUGUUUGGAGUGCCCUCUACAACGAUGGCCUGACUCUGACAAGACUCAUCAAUAUACCAUGUUUGAAGAUCUUGUGCAAGUUCAACAAGUAAAUGAUAUGCUUUUAAAGCUUCAAGAAACAGUACGCAGAGUUACUGAUGAAGUCCAAAAAUACUUGUUUAGGUGGAAAAGGUACAGAAACCUUUGGGCAUUUGACAAAGUUGUAACUUGUGAAAAGUUUGCAAUGAAAAAUCCAUCACUCUUGCAGUAUGAUGAGAGGUUCAGUUUUUAUUCACAGCGUAUAGCUGACUUGAAUGAUAUUCCUUCUUUUCAAGAUAUUUUCUGCAUCAGGAUUAACCUGGUUCCUCUUAAAGAAGCAGUUACAUACCAUGCCAAUGAGUGGAAAGCGUGCCUUGGACAACACUUGUCUGAAAAUACUCAUGAUAUGCUUCAUGACUUUUGUAAUCAAUUAAAUGAGAUGAAGAGAGAUUUGCAGAGCCCAAUUCAAGAUCUUGAAUCCUUUAAGUUAGUUUUACAAACAAUAUGCACUGUUCUGAGUAUGAAUGUAAGUGCUGAAUUAUUGUAUAAUGAAGUAAUGGAACGCUACAAGACCCUCAGAGCACACAAUAUUUCUGUAAAUGAAUCUGAUGAGACUCUUGCGGCAACUCUGCCAGAAGCAUGGAAAGAACUUUAUGUGGCUGCGAUGUUAAGAUCUCGUAAUCUCCAGAAAACCAAAGCUAAAUUUGCCAUUACGACUCAAGAUGAAAUAUAUGACUUUCUCGCAGAGUGUAAUGCAUUUGUGCAGAAAUUCAUUGCUGAAGGUCCUGGCUCUGUGGGUGACGAUCUUGAGAGAGGUUUUAGACUCAUGGACGUGUACAGAGAUGAAAUUAAUGCCCUCCUUAAGAAGAAAGUGGAUAUGCAAACAGCUGAGAGACUCUUUGAUCUUCCAUUGACUGACUAUUCAAACUUUUUGUCUGCAGUAGAUGACUUUAACCAUAUGGAACUUAUAUUUCAACUAUAUAAAACUCAAAAAGCAGCAAGGGAUGGUUGGUCUAAGACUCUUUGGGUUAACCUGAAUCCAGUAGAGCUUGUUGAUGGAAUGGAAAGCUUUUUGAAAGAGUGGAAGAAGCUUCCAAAAGGGGCAAAACAAUUGGAAGUUGCCAAAACCCUUGAAAAGCGCAUGAAAGAGUUCAAAGGAUGUGUCCCUCUUUAUGUUGAGCUGAAAAAUGAAGCAAUGCGAGAGCGACAUUGGAAAACUCUCAUGGAUAAAACUGGAGAGCAUUUUGAUAUGGCAGCUGAUCGUUUCACUUUAGAAAAUAUGUUUGCCAUGGAUUUAGCCCGCUAUACUGAUGUUGCUCUAGAAAUAAUUGGCUAUGCAGUGAAGGAGCUAAGUAUUGAAAAAGGUGUCAAAGACAUAUCCGAAACAUGGACAAAGCUAAGUCUUACCCUUACCAAACAUCUAAAGGGAUCAGAAGAUAGAGGAUAUUUACUAUCAGCUGUCGAUGAAAUUUUGCAAACUCUUGAUGAGCAUACAAUGAGCUUGCAGAGUAUGUCAGCCUCUCAGUUUGUGGGCCCUUUCUUGCCUGUAGUGCAAAGAUGGGAACACAACUUAGCUGUAAUAGGGGAGGUUCUUGAGGAAUGGACAAGUGUUCAAAGAAAAUGGCUUUAUUUGGAGGGAAUUUUUGUUGAGGGUGAUAUUCGCCAUCAACUACCUGAAGAAGCCAAGAAAUUUGAUUCAAUUGAUGCUAGCUAUCGCAAGAUAAUGUUUGAUACAGCACGGAAUCCCAAAGUUUUGGACUGUUGUGUUGUUCCAAGUGGUAGAUUGGCUGAUCUUCAGGCCUUAACAUAUGGACUUGAGAGGUGUCAAAAAAUGUUAAAUGACUACCUUGAAUCAAAGCGGAAUGCUUUCCCAAGGUUCUUCUUUCUUUCUGAUGAUGAAUUGCUCUCAGUUUUGGGUAGCAGCCAAGUUACAUGCUGUCAAGAACAUAUGGUCAAGAUGUUUGAUAAUAUUGCAAGCUUACAAUUGGCAAAAGAUAAUCAAGACUGUAACAUUGCCUCUGCUAUGAUUUCAUGUGAAGGAGAAAUCAUGGAAUUUAAAAAACAUGUUUUAGCUGAGGGUCGGGUUGAGGAGUGGAUGAAUCUUGUCCUAUCUGAAAUGCGUACCAGCAAUCAUUAUAUAACAAAAAAGGCAAUUUAUGAUUAUGGGAAAGUUCGUCGUCCAAGGUGUAAUUGGAUGUUAGAUUACCAAGGCAUGGUUGUGUUAGCCAGCAACCAAGUGUGGUGGACAGCAGAGGUUGAAAAUGUGUUCGAAAAAAUAAAAAGAGGGAACAAAAAGGCAAUGCGGGAAUACCUUGAGCAAAUGAAUAACCAACUGGAUGAGCUGGUCGUCAUGGUUCGGCAAAACCUGAGCCGCAAUGAUCGUAAAAAGUUUAAUACUGUCCUGAUAAUUGACGUACAUACCAGAGAUAUUAUUGAGAACUUUGUCAGGGAUAGUGUGAUGGAUGCACAGGAAUUUAGUUGGGAGAGCCAAUUGCGGUUUUAUUGGAUCAAAGAUGUGAACAACCUCAUUGUCAUACAAUGCACUGGAAAUUUUGAAUAUGGAUAUGAGUAUAUGGGCCUGAAUGGCCGCUUAGUGAUUACUCCUUUAACUGAUCGCAUCUACCUCACAAUAACACAAGCCCUGUCAAUGCAGCUUGGUGGAGCUCCUGCAGGUCCAGCUGGAACUGGCAAAACUGAGACAACCAAAGAUUUGGCAAAAGCUCUAGGUUUACUUUGUAUGGUUACAAACUGUGGUGAAGGCAUGGAUUACAAAGCUGUUGGGAAAAUUCUCUCCGGUCUAUGUCAGUGUGGAGCAUGGGGCUGCUUUGAUGAAUUUAAUAGAAUUGACAUUUCUGUACUGUCUGUCAUUUCCACUCAGCUGCAAACUAUUCGAAGUGCCCUGAUCAUGAAAAUGUCACGUUUUAAUUUUGAAGGCCAGGAAAUAGCUAUGGACUUAAAAGUUGGUGUCUUCAUCACUAUGAACCCAGGAUAUGCUGGUCGAACAGAAUUGCCUGAAUCUGUUAAAGCACUUUUCCGACCAGUUGUGUGUAUUGUACCUGAUUUGGAACAAAUUUGCCAAAUAAUGCUAUUCUCAGAGGGUUUCCUACAAGCUAAGGUCUUAGCCAAAAAAAUGACUGUAUUAUAUCAUCUUGCCCAAGGCCAACUUUCUAAACAAAAUCAUUAUGAUUUUGGGUUGCGAGCUUUGAAGUCAGUUCUUGUAAUGGCUGGUGAAUUGAAGAGAGGUUCACCUGAUCUUCCUGAAAAUGUUGUUCUUAUGAGAGCGUUGAGAGACAUGAAUUUGCCAAAGUUUGUGUAUGAAGAUGUUCCUCUAUUCCUAGGUCUUAUUAAAGACCUAUUCCCUGGCCUAGAGUGCCCUCGAGUGACAUACCCAAACUUCAACACUGCUGUUGAAGAGGCGUUGCAAAGUGAUGGCUAUAUACUUCUUCCUGAACAGGUUGAUAAAGUUGUACAAAUGUAUGAAACAAUGAUGACUCGUCAUUCAACUAUGAUAGUGGGACCCACAGGUGGUGGUAAAACUGUUGUAAUUGAAACACUUGUAAAGGCACAAAAUGCUCAGGGAUUGCCCACUAAACUGUACAUUCUCAACCCAAAGGCCUGCUCUGUCACUGAGCUAUAUGGUAUUUUAGAUCCAGCAUCUCGAGACUGGACUGAUGGUCUCUUGUCCAAAAUAUUCAGAGACAUAAACAAACCUUUAGAGCAGCCUGACAAACCAGAGAGACGAUACAUUCUAUUUGAUGGAGAUGUGGAUGCCUUAUGGAUUGAAAAUAUGAAUUCGGUGAUGGAUGAUAAUAAAUUACUCACUUUAGCUAAUGGAGAGCGCAUUCGCCUUCAACCUCACUGUGCUUUGCUCUUUGAGGUUGGAGACUUGCAGUAUGCCUCUCCUGCCACUGUUUCGCGAGCAGGAAUGGUUUAUGUUGAUCCCAAAAAUCUAGGCUACCAGCCUUACUGGCAAAGAUGGCUUACAUCACGCCUUAAUCCAGAGGAGAAGGAUGUUUUUGAUGGAUUAUUCAAUCGCUAUGUCCCAAACCUUCUUCGUUACAUUUUAGAGGGAUUGAAGGGCACAUUAGAGGGUGAACCUUUAAUGAUGGCUGUACCUCAGACUUCUCUAAAUCUGGUAACCCAGCUUUGCUUCAUGCUUGAUGCGCUAGUUCCUGUGCCACAUCCUGAUGACGAGGAGGAGAUUCCUCGUAUAGAGCUGGUUGAUCUAGGGACAGGAGAAGAGGAAGAAGAGGUGGAGCAAGCUCCAACACCUGGACCAGCCCCGCCUCCACCUGACCCUCGUCUCCCCCCUGGUCAUAUUCCAGAGGAGGAGGCACCUGAAGCAUUAUCUGAAGAUGAAGGAGAGGACCCUUUGGUGGCUUUGGAGCGGAUGGCUCGUGCUGAGCUACUAGAAUGUAUCUUUCUUCAAGCCCUCUACUGUUCACUUGGAGCUCCACUCGUUGCUUCUAGUAGAAAUCCUUUUGAUGAGUUUGUCAAACAAACUGCAGGUAUGAUGUUGAUUGAAGAUUCUCCGGACAAUCCAGCCUCUUCUAAAUACCUCCCCUCUGCAGAACCAACACUUUUUGAUUAUUUCUUUGAUGUCGAGAAGAAGCAGUGGUUUGCUUGGAAAUGGCUCGUUCCAGAAUACAUUCAUGACCCUGAGAAGAGAUUUUGUGAGAUACUUGUUCCAACAAUUGACACUGAACGUACAACAUGGUUCCUGCGCUUAAUGUUAAAGCAUUACUUUAAGGAUCGAAUCUUUCGCAAGGUGAAGAGACCAGUUGUUCUAGUUGGUGACACUGGGACCUCAAAAUCUGCCAUUAUGUUGGAUUUUCUUCGCCAAUUAAAUCAAGAAGUUUAUGCUCGAUUAAAUGUUAACUUUUCGUCACGGACCACAUCAAUGGAUGUUCAAAGAACUGUUGAGUCUGUUGUUGAAAAAAGGACUAAAGAGAUUUAUGGGCCUCCAGUAGGAAAAAAAUUAGUAAUUUUCAUUGAUGACCUCAACAUGCCUCAGGUUGAUACCUAUGGUACUCAACAACCAAUAGCUUUACUAAAGCUGCUUCUCGAUCGAGGAGGCAUGUAUAACAGGGGCAAAGACUUAAAUUGGAAGCAGCUGAAGGAUAUUUGCUUUUUUUGUGCCAUGGGCAUUGCAGGGGGUGGGCGCAAUGCUGUUGAUCCUCGAUUUUUAUCUCUGUUUGCUGUGUUAAGUCUGGUUUUUCCAUCAGACGAGACAUUAAAAUAUAUCUACAACUCAAUAUUAUCUGGACAUACAAAAUCAUUUUCUGAAGAAGUUCGUAAAGUUGUGCCCACAUUGGUUGACAUUAAUUUGGGCUUAUACAAGAUUGCUUUACUUCAGUUGCCUCCAACUCCCUCUCGCUUUCAUUACAUAUUUAACUUAAGAGAUUUAUCUCGCAUAUGUAGUGGUAUGGUACUUACACAACCUGAACUUUUUGAGCAAACACGACAGUUUGUCAGAGUUUGGCGAAAUGAAUUCACCAGAGUCAUUUGCGAUCGCCUCAUCACACCUGAAGACCAAGCCUUAAUGAGAGAUGAAAUGCAAAGGAUGAUUGAAGAAUAUUUUCCAGAAGAAAAGAGGCAAAGUCUGAUGAGCAAUGAAGAAACAUCUUUACCUGAAGUCAAAGCUGUGUCCAGCACCGAUCAAAUUGCAUCAACGGGAGACGAAGCUCAAGAGGGCUCAGAAGAGGGUGAUAUUCCUAAAGUUGAUGAGGAAGAACAUGUCGUUGAAGAGGAGCUUUCAUUCCAGGAACAUGUUUUGCGAGAUCCCUUGCUCUUUGGAGAUUAUCGAAACGCUCUUCAUGAAGACGACCCAAGAUGUUAUGAGGAUCUCAUUGACUAUGAAGCUGUCUAUCACCUUUUGCAAGAGAUACUUGUUGAAUACAAUGAGUACCAUUCCAAGAUGGAUUUGGUUUUGUUUGAUGAUGCUCUUGAGCAUAUAACACGAGUUCAUAGAGCACUCCGUACAAACAGAGGUCAUGCAUUAGUAGUUGGUGUUGGCGGCAGCGGUAAACAAAGUAUUACAAAGCUGGCUGCAUUUGCUGCAGGUUGUGAUAUUUUUGAAAUCUCACUGACUCGAGGUUACAAUGAAUACAUGUUUAAAGAAGAUAUGAAAAGGCUCUUCUAUAUGCUUGGUGUUGAUAGAAAAAGCAUGGUUUUCUUAUUUACUGCAGCUCAAGUUGUUGAGGAAGCUUUCUUAGAAUUCAUCAAUAAUAUCUUGACAAUUGGUAUUAUACCAGCAUUAUUUACGGAUGAGGAAAAAGAAAAUAUUAUGAGUUCAGUCAGACCUUUUGCAGUGGAAGCUGGAUAUGCAGUUAGCAAGGAUGCUGUGUGGAACUACUUUUUAAAUAUUUGUGCCAACAACCUCCAUAUUGUACUAGCUAUGUCUCCAUCUGGGGACAAUCUUCGCAAUUGGUGCCGUAGUUUUCCUGGUCUAGUCAAUAAUACCUACAUUGAUUGGUUAUUUCCUUGGCCAUCUCAAGCUCUUCUUGCUGUUGCUCAUGUCUUUCUUACAGAUGACCCUAAAAUUCCUCAAGAACACCGAGAUAGCAUUGUGGAACAUGUGGUGCACACUCAUGAAUCAGUACGAGAAUAUUGUCAAGAUUAUCUUAUAAAACUAAGAAGGAAAACUUAUGUUACUCCAAAGCACUAUUUAGAUUUUAUUAAAGUAUAUUUGCAUCAGUUGGACAUUAGAGCAGCUGAAAUCGAUCAACAGUGCAAUCGCUUAAAGGGUGGCAUGGUGAAAAUGCAAGAGGCAAGUUCAGAGCUGGAUCUUCUAAACCAAAAGCUGGAAGUGCAAAAGAAAGUUGUUGCUGAAAAGCAAGCUGCCAGCAAUGUUCUCCUUGCUCAAGUUCGGGAAGCUACCGAGUCAGCUAAUCAGAAAAAAGAUAAAGCUACUGAGAAAAGUAUUGAAAUGGAGCAGCAAGCAAAAGUCAUUAAUACUGAAAAGGGUGAGGCACAAGAAGUUUUAGCUGAGGCUAUGCCUGCAUUGGAGGCAGCUCGAGCUGCUUUAGCAGAGCUAGAAAAAUCUGAUAUUACUGAGAUAAGUGAUGAUGCAUACUGGGAGGAGCGAUCUUUUGCUACACCACCAGAGGCUGUUCAAAUAGUAUGUGAAUGUGUGGUCAUAAUAAAAGGUAUCAAAGAAGUUAAUUGGAAGUCAGCUAAAGCAAUGCUCAGUGAUCCAAAUUUUUUGAAGAAUCUUCAGGCAUUGAAUUGUGACAACAUCACUCAAAAACAAGUGCAAGCUAUAAAAGCUCAUAUGAAAAAAUGCAAUUUAGAUGGCAUGGAAAAAGUCAGUAAGGCUGGAUAUGGACUUCUACGUUUUGUUGAGGCAGUUUUGGGGUACUGUGCUGUGUACCGAGAAGUGAGACCUAAAAAGGAAAAAGUUGCAGCUCUUGAGGCAGAAUUUGCACAGGCCACAAAAUAUUUGGAUAGUUUAAAUAGAGAAAUAGCUAAGGUGGAGAAGAUAUUAGCAGAGCUGAAUGACAAAUAUGUAGUUGCGAUGGGAGAGGCACUUAAGUUACAAGAGGAAGCUGAUAUAAUGCAACGAAGACUGAUUGCUGCUGACAAACUUUUUUCUGGACUUAGAUCUGAAAACGAAAGAUGGACUCAUGACCUUGCUAAACUGCACGAGGACAAGAAGCAGUUACUGGGCAAUUGUAUUUUGGCAGCUGCUUUUCUGUCCUACUUGGGUCCCUUCAGUUUUGAGUAUCGACAUACUAUGCUUCAUGAGGACUGGGAACAAAGCCUUCUUGAUAAAGGCAUCCCUCUGACACAUCCUUGGAAAGUGCAAGAGCACCUCACAACUGAUGUUGAAAUUAGCAAGUGGACUUCUGAAGGGCUUCCACCAGAUGAGCUUUCAGUACAAAAUGGUAUUCUUACCACACAAAGCAAUUGUUUCCCCCUUUGUAUUGACCCUCAGCAGCAGGCAUUGAAUUGGAUUAAGAGGAAGGAAGAAAAGAACAAUUUGAGAAUUCUAACAUUCAAUGAUGCGGAUUUUUUAAAGCAUUUAGAAAUGGGCAUAAAAUAUGGACAUCCUGUUCUAUUUCAAGAUGUAGAUGAUCACAUUGAUCCAGUUAUUGAAAACAUUCUUUCCAAAAAUUACAAAACACCACCAGGGCGAUGUUAUGUUAUGCUUGGGGAUUUAGAAGUGGAUAUUGAUCCUAAAUUUCGUUUGUAUCUGACAACAAAACUUAGCAAUCCCCCUUUCAACCCUGCAAUUUAUGCUAAAGCCACUGUUAUUAAUUACACUGUUACCUUAACUGGUUUGGAAGAUCAAUUAUUAAGUGUCGUAGUUCGUAACGAAAGAGCAGAUUUGGAGGAAAGAAGAGAAGAACUCAUUGCAGAAACUUUUGAAAACAAAAAUCUUCUCAGUCAGUUAGAAGAUGCUUUACUGCGAGAAUUGACAACAUCUACUGGAAACAUGCUUGAUAAUCAAGAGCUUAUUGAAACUUUAGAAAAUACAAAAACAAAAGCAACUGAGGUGACAAACAAGCUAGAACUUGCUGCUUCUACAGCUGCUGACAUAGACGUUUUAAGAGAUGGCUAUCGAUCUGUGUCUCGGCGAGGUGCUAUGCUGUUCUUCUUGCUAUCUGAUAUGGCAACUGUGAACACAAUGUACCAAUAUUCACUCUCCUCAUAUCUGGAAGUGUUUGCCUAUUCUCUAAGAAAAGCCCUUCCACAUACACAACUAUCCCGGCGACUUAAAAAUAUAAUUGUAACUCUCACCAAGAAUGUUUAUGACUAUGGUUGCACUGGAAUAUUUGAGAAACACAAACUAUUGUUUUCCUUCCAAAUGGCGAUGAAACUGCACAAGGCAGAAGGUACUGUCAGUCAACCAGAAUUGGAUUUCUUUAUCAAAGGUGACGUCUCACUAGAGGCUCUUUCUCGACCUUCUCCUGCAAAUUGGUUGACGGGGUGGCGAGAUAUAUUGAAGUUAUCUCAAGAUUUCAGUGAUGACUUUGCUCAGCUCCCCAGUGACAUUGAAAAUAACUUAUCUAUUUGGCAAGAAUGGUAUGACUUUGAUGCUCCAGAAGACAUUCCUUUUCCUAUGGGGUAUUCUGAACGGAUCAGACCUUUCCAAAAACUUAUGAUUGUGCGCUGUUUCCGGGUGGAUAGAGUGUACCGCGCAGUGACGAAGUACAUAAUUGAAACAAUGGGCCAAGAAUUUGUUAUGCCUCCUGUCAUAAGCUUAGAUAACAUUUUUGAGCAGAGCUCACCUCAGAUGCCAGUAGUUUUCAUUCUAAGUCCUGGUUCUGAUCCGACAUCUGAGCUUAUGAAACUUGCUGAACGGUGUGGAAGUGGUGGUGGUCGUUUCAAGUACCUCUCCCUCGGUCAAGGACAGGAACAACUUGCAAUUUCUUUGCUACAAACAGCUGUGUCAAGGGGUCAGUGGCUCAUGCUUCAAAACUGUCACUUGCUGUUAAAGUUUUUACGUGAUUUAGAAAAACAAUUAGAGGCAGCAGGAAAACCUCACCCUGAUUUUCGUUUGUGGCUGACAACCGAUCCCACACCCGGUUUUCCUAUCAGCAUUCUUCAGCGUUCCUUAAAAGUGGUUACUGAACCUCCAAAUGGUUUGAAAUUAAAUUUAAGAGGAACAUUCUUCAAAAUAUCUCAGAGCUCUUUAGAACACUGUGUCCAUCCUGUAUUCAAGAAACUUGUCUUUGUUCUGGCCUUUUUCCAUGCAGUUGUGCAGGAAAGAAGAAAGUAUGAUAAAAUUGGAUGGAACAUUUGUUACGACUUCAAUGAAUCAGAUUUCAAUGUGUGCUUACAAAUAUUAGAUACUUAUUUAACAAAGGCCCAUGUAACUAAAGAUACAAGAAUUCCUUGGGGAAGCUUGAAGUAUCUUAUUGGCGAAGUCAUGUAUGGUGGACGUGUCAUAGAUAAUUUUGAUCGACGUAUUGUUUCCACUUACAUGGAUGAGUACAUGGGAGAUUUCUUGUUUGAUACCUUCCAACCUUUCCACUUUUAUAAGGAUGAAACUGUUGAUUACCACAUACCAAAUGAUACAGAUAAGGAUGGAUACAUUGAUUUUAUUGAAGAGCUGCCCUUGAUUAACAGCCCAAAUGUGUUUGGUUUGCACGCCAAUGCAGAAAUUGGUUAUUUUUCGCAAGCUGUUAAGGAAAUGUGGAACCACCUCAUCCAAUUGCAGCCACAAACUGCAAUUAGGAUGGAAUUAGAUUCAGGAGACAUAUCUGCUGGCGUGAGCCGAGAAGAGUAUAUUGAUAAUGUGGCAAAAGAUAUAUUUGAGCGUUUGCCUCCUCAAUAUGAGGUGGCUCGAGUACGCAAGGGCAUAGAAAUGAACAUAACUCCAAGCAUAGUUGUGCUUUUGCAGGAACUUGCUCGUUUCAAUCGUCUUAUACAAUGCAUGCAGUCAACAUUGUCAUCUCUUCGUAAGGCUUUAGCUGGGGAAAUUGGGAUGAAUUCAAUUUUAGAUAAUGUAGCAUCAUCUCUUUACAAUGGACAGCUACCAGAUGAGUGGCGCAGGCAUGCUCCAGCUACUUGUAAAUCCCUUGGGAGCUGGAUGCAACACUUUGAGAGACGAAAUGAUCAAUAUCAUGCAUGGACUAAAGGUGGAGAUCCCAUGGUGAUGUGGCUCUCAGGCCUACAUAUCCCGGAGUCUUAUUUGGCAGCAUUAAUCCAAACAGCAUGUCGGAAAAAUGGAUGGUCUUUAGAUCGCUCUGCGAUGUACACAACUGUAACAAAAUACCGGACAUUAGAUGAGGUUGAGGAACGUCCUGACCAGGGAUGCUAUGUGAUAGGUCUAUACCUGGAAGGUGCACGCUGGGAUGUUGACAAUCAGUGCUUGGCCAAGUCUUUCCCUAAAGUUCUCCAAGAGGAGCUACCUAUCGUGAUGGUCGUUCCAGUUGAGGCUUAUCGACUCAAGUUACAAAAUACCAUCAAGACACCAGUCUACACAACAUCUCUGAGGCGUAAUGCCAUGGGAGUAGGUUUGGUAUUUGUUGCUGAUCUCAGCACAGAAGAGCAUAGCAGCCAUUGGAUAUUGCAGGGUGUUUGUGUAGUUCUUAACAGUGACUGAUAGUUUGAGUGCAAAACAAUGAUUGUAUCCUUUUUAAGAUGUAAAGGUCCAUUCAAUGGAAGACCAAAUAAGAACAUUUGGCAAUAGGGCUAGCAUAUUUAAAUGCAAGUCAGUUACCAUAGAAAGGAAUUAAUAGAUUUGCUCAUAUUUCUGUAUUUCAUUUGAUUUUAGUACUAUUUGACAAUUUUCACAAGAUUUCAAAAUCUUGUUUUUGUAAAAUUUUAACAAUAAAGAUGAUAAAACUUUAGAUCCGGUAAAAAAAAAACAC